AUCAUCACAUCGGUGGAACGGGUGGCAGUGUGAAGGACAGCGAAAAAUGUCAGGCCAAGGUCCCAGUGAGCGGGAAAAGUCCCCUAACGUCGCUCAGCCCUCUCGCGCCUCGCCGAAGAAGCGUCGCCGUCAAAGCGACAGCGGAACCAACGGGGAAGGCGGUCGAAACCCGUGCUUCCUGUGCAUGGGCACCUGUUUCCUGCUGACCGCCAUGUUGGUCGUGCUCGCCGGCGUUGUCUUGCACUUCGUCAGGCCCAGUCUGCGGAUCAAUGGCACGGCCGCUGAUGCCCCUAUAUGCAAGGGGGCACUCGAGCUGACAUCCUGCGACAACGAGACGGACCGGUACUUCUUUCACCACGACCCCGACAAGCACGUCUGCUUGGUGCGCUGGCAACUCGAUCCCGGCUGCCUCGGGGGAAAGAACCGCUUCACCAGCGCCACCGAGUGUCGGAAGCGCUGCGUCGCGGACCCAUCCGGGAAGUACGGAGUGCCGGCAGAUUGCGUGGAGCCCAUCAAAGCUACGCCAUGCACACACGAGGAUAUUACGCAGCGCGAACAUAACUAUUUCUUCGAGAACGACAACUGUACCUUCCAGACGGGAUCCAAAUGCCUACAUGGUCCCAACCGGUUUGUCUCUACAGAUGAAUGUCACGAGACCUGCAUCGAUGGAGAUUGUGCGCGUCUUUGCAAAACACAGACCCGCUAUCAUUCACCUGCAGAGGAGCCUGCGUGUCGCGUUCCCCGGUUCCAGGCCGCUUGCCGGCUGAGGGAGAAGCGGUUCACCCACUACUACGACCGCUCGGUGUCGGCUUGCGUCUCCUGGCGCACUGCCUGCCUUGGUGGACCCAACCGCCACGAGUCGCUCGCCGCUUGCGUGCAGACCUGCAAGCGGAACUUCUUCGAUAACCUUCUUUUGGGGUUAUGACUAGCCUUGUUUCAUUGCUUCUUGUGUUUUCAGUUGUGCGCCACGAAAUAAAGCACACUUUUGUUGUA